AUGCCCACCGGGCCAUAUCAAGCCUCGGAAGAUCUACAGCACUAUCUGACAGCCCUGAUCGAGAGUUGGAACCGGGAGUCGUCUCCGCUUCUGCAACAUCACGCCGUCCUACCCCACACUCAGAGUGCAGACGCAAACCUUUGGCGUGCACCUCGCCUCGAUCCACCGACAUUUCGAGCGCCUGCACUUCCACCAUAUCCGCUCAUCAAUCCAUCAUAUCUUGGACAUUUACCAUCUCACACCAGUCUUGGGCAUGGCGUCAUUUCGACGGAAUCUACCAUUGUUUCCACUGGUUCGGCAGAGCCUCAAGCUCUCGCAAAUUCUUUGGAAGCACCUCAACUGCUUGGUCCGCACUUCAAUCUUCAGCCUCAAACGAGUCACGACAAGCGGCUUCCGACGACCCUCGCCGGGUCGACGAGCUUUUCUCCCCUCGCAAGUGACCAGUCACUGAGCUCGCAGCAACCUGCGAGCUUGCACUCACAGCCGAGCUCGUCUGAGCCGGGAUCCCGUUCUAGUUCAGGGGUGCAAGAGCAAAUUGUGCAACAUCAAGAUGCCUCGGCUUCGCAGGACCGCCCUAUUCCAGAGGUCGGUGCUCCAUCUGAGGCAGCAGACGAUGACCUUCUUCGAGCUCAGGAAUUGCAAGCUGAAGCUUUGAGGUUAAGGUACCACAUUGGCGCAGACCUUUAUCGUAUGGUCUACCAGCCGGACGCUUCCAUCGAUUCGUUUAUCACGACGCUCUUGUCAAGGACCUUUGAAGCAGACGGAGAGGGAGCUAACCACCUCGAUCGACCAGGAAGGAUCGAUCCGAUUGCGAGCGACAGCAAAGACCCCAACGCGAUCGCCGUCCACACAUUCUGGCAUAAGAACAGCGUCAAGGUGAUGCUGAUGCCGCAUCCCUCAGGCCCCAAACGUCUUCUGGUGACCUUUAUACGAAAGCCUUGGUACCUUGUCCAUCAGGAAGCUCCUGGCUUUAUCGGCGUAUGGCAAAUCAUGCCGCCCAAACCGCUAUCUCAACAGCGCGUUCCACCAUCCUUGACAGACUUUUUCCUGCACGGCUUCUAUCCUGCAACUGGCGAAGAGUAUCGCAGGCUUGCAGAGCAGCCGGAACACAUUGACGAUUUCUGGGUGACCAUCCGCCGAAGCAGAGCACUUAGAUUGACGGGCUUGUAUAUCAACGUAGCGAGGAUGACGGACGUCGAGAUGCAGAAGAUGGACGCCAACAUGCGAGAAGGCAACUACGCCACGCUCUUUCAGAAUUUCCGCGUUGAAAGACCACCGCCAUUGCGCGUCGAAACUUCUCACCACUUUUACGAGUAUCGACCGGAUCCGGAUUUAUACCCCCUCGUCGCCCAAUGGGCCUUGCAGGCCAAGCUGACUACACGCUCCUUCGUACCGAUCGAGGUUACACAAGAAGAGAGAAAUGCGUUUCCCAAGCGCAUAGAGCUAAUCUUCCGCUCGCGACGCGACGUCAAAGUCGUCACGCUCCCUGAUGGACAGCGUCUCAUGCUAUGUUUUCAUCAACAGCUGACGUGGUUAAAGCGUACGAGGGCUGAACUUGUGUCGAUCUGGAAGGUUGGGACGACCGAGGUUCUAGGCGAUGGCUCCAAGCACAGGCACUUGACCGCGGUCGGACUCUUCCACAUCACCCGGACGAAUUUCAAUAGGCUGACUCCAAACACGAUCCCAGGUCUGAAAAAUUCAGAGUUCCAGGCGAAUCGACUCGAUCUGCCUUGA